GCGAACCUGAACGUAACGGGGUCUGUAUACCUUGCUCUGGCCAGCAAUCAUGGAAGACGACGACUUUAUUGAACAGCCAAUUUAUGCUAUAAGCGAAAAGACGUCUUCGACCCAGUAUUCCCCGUCGACUGAUUACCGUUCCAAGUUCAAAGGCUCUUCCACUCCCAUUGUAAUCGACAACGGUUCAUAUAAUUGUAGAGCUGGAUGGGGUUCCGAAAAAUCUCCUAGAUUUGUUUUCGACAACUUGGUUGCAAGAUACCGCGACCGUAAAAAUAAUGUUAGCGUGGUUGCUGUUGGCCCAGAAAUAUAUGCUGAUCCGGCUGCAAAGGCGACAGCACGAUCUCCGUUCGAUUCCAACGUUGUUUGUGACAUGGAACGUAUGGAGCAUGUGUUGGACUAUAUCUUCCUCAACCUAGGUAUCGAUACGCCCACCAUUGGCCAUCCUAUUUUGAUGACAGAACCAGCGUGCGUUCCCAAGAGUAGCCGAAAAAUGAUGACGGAGUUGCUCUUCGAAUGCUAUUCUGUUCCAUCAGUUUCGUACGGUAUAGAUUCAUUAUUCAGUUUCUAUGCUAAUCAAGACAAAAAGAAUGGAGACGGUAUAGUCAUCUCUGCUGGCCAUACUGCAACGCACAUCAUUCCUGUCAUUGGCGGUAAAGGUGCUUUGGAUAGAACCAAAAGACUAUCUUACGGUGGCACGCAAGCAUCUGAGUACAUGCUGAAACUGAUGCAACUCAAGUAUCCCACUUUUCCUACAAAAGUCACAUCUGCCCAAGCUCAGCAAUUGAUGCACGAACACAUAUUUGUCGCCGAGGAUUAUCAGCAAAUUUUGACAGAUAUCGAAAAUAGACAACAAUUUCAAAAGAUAGACCGUAUCGUGCAAUUCCCCUUCAGCCCACUGGUCGUUGAAACGAAAACUGAAGAGGAACUCGCAAGGCAGGCUGCCAGGAAGGAGGAAAAUGCUAAGCGACUUAGAGAGGCAGCGGCGAAAUCACGCUUGGAAAAGCUUGUUCAACGAGAGCAACAGCACGAGGCAUUUACAGUUCUAAAGGAAAUGAAAGGCACAGUCAAGAAAGUAGAAUGGCUUGCACAGUUGAAGGAAUCUGGUUUUGAUAAUGAGGCGGAUUUGGACGCAACUAUUAAAAAGUUGGAAGAGGGCAUUCAGCGAGCGAGAAACAAGGAGCUAGGCAUCGACGAGAACGAUGACAAACCUCCUACAUUCCCUCUAUUAGAUAUUCCUGAUGACCAGCUAUCUGAAGCAGACAAAAAAGAGAAAAAGAAGCAGCGCUUAUUGAAGGCUGGUUAUGAUGCUCGACAGAGAGCCAAAAAGGCAAAGGAAGAGGACAAAGCACGUCAGGCAGAAAUUGCUCGAUUGGACGAAGAGCGACGUAUGAACCACCCUGAUGAAUGGCUUUCAGAUCUCAAGGAAAAACGAAAGGCAACAGUUGAGCGGAUCAAGACUAAGAAGCGCUUGGCUUCCGAGCUAGCGGACAGACGUAGUCAUGCCUCUCAGCUAAGAAUGAGAUCCAUAGCUAGCUUAGCAAGUGAUACACCAGCAUCUAAGCGGCGGAAACGUGGAGCUGAAGAGGAUACGUUCGGUGCGGAUGAUGAGGACUGGAUGGUCUAUCGAGAAAUUAAUCGCGAAGAAGAGUCUGAAGAUGAAGAAGAGGAUAUGGCAUCACUCAACCACUACGAGUCACUUUUAUUGCAACAUGAUCCCGACUUUUUGCCUGAGCAUGCGUUUGAAGCAGAACAAGAUCCAACCAACACUCUCCUUCACCUACUAAAGCAUGGCAUGUAUCCAAAGUAUGACGCACAAGAUGUCGGCCAGUCCCAUCAGCUACACGUUAACGUAGAGCGGGUGAGAGUACCAGAGGUUCUAUUUCAACCUAGCAUCAUUGGACUGGAUCAAGCUGGCCUGGUAGAUAAUAUCAACGAUAUUGUUCGAGUAUACGAUGCCUCACGCAAGCAAAGCAUUGUCAAGAAUGUAUUCGUCACUGGCGGCUUUGGUCUCAUGCCUGGACUUGCCCCAAGAUUAGAAAAAACUUUCCAAGAAAACUUCAAUGUUGGAUGGAAUAUUAGAGUUAAGACAGCUUCUAAUCCUACGGAAGAUGCAUGGCGCGGAGCAGCAGAAUUCUCAAUGAACGAUGAAUUUUCUAAAUUGUCAAUAAGCAAGGCUGAAUAUGAAGAGUAUGGUGGAGAAUACAUCAAAGAGCAUGGCUUAGGAAACGUGUUUCGAUCAUCGUCAUAAGAGACAUUCAUAUCAUGUUAAUAAAAUAUAAUUAAAAUAAACCGUAACCAGGGUGUAGUGAAGAAUGAACUAUUCGUAGUCAGGCUCUGAUUCUGGCUUAACGGCUGGAUCAAUGCCAAUGCUCUUCAUCUUAACAGCUAUUUCAAACAGGUAGUCAUAGCAUUCGCACAUAGUCUUUGCCUUUUCCCAUGAUUCUAGAAUCCGUGAAAUAUCAUUUAGUUUCCUCCAUGGUACCAAAUAAACAGCAAGUUGGUAGAACUUACCGCCCCAAACGUAAACACCGUGUCGUCUAACCAAGACUGCGCACGUGUCUGGAUACUUCUCCAUAGCCUG